AUGAGCACGGCUCUGCAAGAAGGCAAGGUCAAAGUCUCCCUUCUCUCUCCCUUCUCCUUCCUCUCUCCCAUUUUUCCCCCCUCUCCUUCCUCUCUCCCAUCUCUCCCCUCUCAUUACCCUCUCCCUUCUCCUUCCACUCUCCAAACUCUCUCCCCUCUCCACCAACUCUUCACUCCCGUCUCCAUUCUCUCUCUCCCCUCUCCGUCCACUCCAGUCUCCCUUCUCUCUGCCCUCUCCCAACUCUCUCCCUUCUCUUUCCCCUCUCCCCUGUCUCUCCCCUCCCCUUCUCCUCUCCCCUCUCCCUCUCCCCUCUCCUUCCUCUCUCCCCUCUCCUUCCCCUCUGCCCUCUCUUUCCUCCCCCCCUCUCCUCCCUCUCCUACCUCCCUCCUCUCUCCUCUCCUUCCUCUCUCCCCUCUCUCCUUCCUCUCUCCUCCCUCUCUCCCCCCUCUACCCUCUCCUUCCCCUCUCCCCUCUCUCCUCCCUCUCCUUCCCCUCUCCUCUCCCCUCUCUCCUCCCUCUCCCCUCUCCUUCCCCUCUCCCCUCUCUCCUCCCUCUCCUUCCUCUCUCCCCUCUCUCCUCCCUCUCCCCUCUCCUUCCUCUCUCCCCUCUCCUUCCUCUCUCCUCCCUCUCCCCUCUCCUUCCCCUCUCCCCUCUCUCCUCCCUCUCCUUCCCCUCUCCUCCCUCUCCCUCUCUCCUUCCCCUCUCCCUCUCUCCUCCCUCUCCCCUCUCCUUCCUCUCUCCCCUCUCUCCUCCCUCUCCCCUCUCCUCUCUCUCCUCCCUCUCCUUCCCCUCUCCCCUCUCCUCCUCCCUCUCCCCUCUCCUUCCUCUCUCCCCUCUCUCCUCCCUCUCCCUCUCCCCUCUCUCCUCCCUCUCCUUCCUCUCUCCCCUCUCUCUCCUCCCUCUCCCCUCUCCUUCCUCUCUCCCUCUCUCCUCCCUCUCCCCUCUCCCCUCUCUCCUCCUCUCCUUCCCCUCUCCCCUCUCUCCUCCCUCUCCCCUCUCCUUCCUCUCUCCCCUCUCUCCUCCCUCUCCCCUCUCCCCUCUCUCCUCCCUCUCCUUCCUCUCUCCCCUCUCUCCUCCCUCUCCCCUCUCCUUCCUCUCUCCCCUCUCUCCUCCCUCUCCUUCCUCUCUCCCCUCUCCUUCCUCUCUCCUUCCCCUCUCCCCUCUCUCCCCCCUCUCCUUCUGUCUCAUGCCUCAGUGUGGACUGAAGGCUCCUGA